AUGAUGACCGGAAAUACUUACGUACCUUAUUACCUUGCUCAGCAGCAAGGGCAUGGUAUGCCCGUAUUCCGAGGCAGCCUGUGGCAAAUGGGUCACGGACAAAUGGGUUACGGUCUUGGCAAUUUGUGUCGUAGUCUUGCAAAAGUCGUUACGCCCUUAGUAAAAAGAGGAGCGAAAACUCUCGGAAAAAUUGUGGCAACAACAGGUGCCGAUCUUUUGGGAGACGUUGCAGCCGGAAAGAACGUAAAGGAGGCCGUAAAAGCGCGCGGUCUAGAGGCUGUUAAUGCUGCAAAAACAAAAGCCUUGGAACACAUACGAGCAAGAAACAACCGGAGGAACAAUCAGGUCGUGGAAGACGCCCCCGGGGUGGUAAAUGGCCGAGAAGUAGAUCCAAAAGCACCAAACGAUCCAGAAGCAGAAAACGGUCGAAAAGAUCUUGAUGCUGACGAAAAAGUAGGAAUCGUGAAUAAUUUCCUAGACAGUUUAUUCAAACAAGUCGAUGUGUUUCUGAACGAAAAGCAGGUAACGCAAGCAACAAGUACCUAUGCCUAUCGUGCGUAUUUGGAAACCCUUCUCAACUAUGGUCCGGCAGCCAAAAACUCUCAACUCACCGCAUCUAUGUUCACGCCGGGUCAGCUCUUCCCAAAAAUCGGCCAUUUGAUAUAAACUUUUUCAAUAUAUUUCGGAUGGACAUGAAACUUGCUACAUCAAUAUAACUUUCCAUUCCGAACAAUCGUAUGUUUUUUAUUUUUGAGAUUUAACGGUUUUUGGCGGGAAAAUGACGUCACGAAACCUCCAGUUAAAAUUUAUUUUCAAUAUCUUAAUAGUUUUUAAGCAGAAUGUGGAAGAUCAUGUCAUGAAGAGUUGAAAACUGAAAACAGAUUUUAAAUAUCUUAAUCUAAUCACGAGAUACAAGGAGUUUAGAAUCGAAUUUUCCACCAUUUUGUUACUAUUUAUAGAUUUUUCACGGUUUUUAUAGUGAAAUAACUUUGGAUUAGUUUUAGAUAUUUAAAAUCCGUUUUCAGUUUUGAACUGCUCAUGAUAUGUUCUUCCAAAUUCUGCGACAAAACUAUUAAGAUAUUGAAAAUAAAUUUUAACUGGAGGUUUCGUGACGUCAUUUUCCCGCCAAAAACCGUUAAAUCUCAAAAAUAAAAAACAUACGAUUGUUCGGAAUGGAAAGUUAUAUUGAUGUAGCAAGGUUGAUGUCCAUCCGAAAUAUAUUGAAAAAGUUUAUAUCAAAUGGCCGAUUUUUGGGAAGAGCUGACCCGGCGUGGUUCUACAAAGAUAAGGCGAAAAAUGGAUGUGGCCGAUCCCAUUGUCACAAAUGCCGCUAAUGCUAACCUUGGGUUGAAAAAAAGAUACGAAUUUAGCAAAGAAAGCGGAACCAUUGAAAUGGCUGGACCAAUAUUUUGUGACAUGUUUAUGACAGAGCGACUUUUGUUGAGUUAUGUCGGCAUAAAAUUGGUUCUGAAUCGAAACAUCCAAGAGUUUUGUCUCAUGGCCUCGGAGGGUGGUGCCGACUACAGAGUGAAGUUGGCCGAUGGGUAUCUCAAGAUACGAAGGAUGAAAGUAAGUCUCAGCGUUGCCGUGGCUCACGAAUUAGCCUUGCGAAAAGGACCGGCCAUUUAUCCCAUUCGCCGCGUGGAGUGUAAAAGUUUCAUCAAUCCUGCGGGCAAUCCCUCCCUGAGAAGGGACAACGUCAAAAUCUUUUUAAAAUCAUUUAUUAAUCAACAACAAAAACAAAAGUCAAUAAUCCACCCAUUAUCUUGGUGUGUCUUUUCCUCAUACGAUUUCAAUGCGGUCCGAAAAAACUGAAAAAACUCCUUCGAACCCGUAGGAUUAAAAUUCUUUCUCUACCUCAUAGCAUCGCUAACCAAAUGCGAUAUGAUAUUUGUGGUGUUACUCUGAGUAUAUAUCCACACCGGGCGAGCUUGAAUGUGUUGGAAUCCUGAAUGGAAUCCUGAAUGUUGGAAUCCUGAAUCCUGAAUGUUGGAAUCCUGAAUGGUUUCGCCUUUAAUCUUCACCUGUCCCGUUUUGUCCCAUGAAAUAACAUCAGGUCUUGAUUUCAAUUGGUUUAAAAGCGCCGUAGCUCUUGGACGCAUCGUUUUCGGUAUGUGUUCCACCACGACAGCUUCGGAUAAUUGUGGUUCGGGUUGUUUUUCUUCUUCCUUAUUGGGUGCAAACCGAACCGUUGGUACCUGACUAUCUUUUUGUUGUCUCAAUUCUAAGUAACGCUCCAUGCUCGUAUUGAACAACUUUUGCUUUUCGUCAUCAUCCAGAUCCGAAUGCUCAAGAAUAUCUGACAAUCGUAUGUCGCUUCGCAAAAGGUCCGAGGUAAUCGGGGAGGUUUCCAAUUUCUGCUUUCUUUCGAAUCUGUCAAGCAUCUCUUCAGGGACCAUUGCUUUUUUCAUUAUACUGACAAAUUUCCAAGUACGCUCAAAACAGGUGGUAAAACAGUUGUUAGUUGUCAAAUAACGCUUCUUUCGUUUUUUUGAUACUUUCUUAUUCGCUAAUGCACGGAGAUGUGUCUUAUAACGCAAUAACAUCAGUUUCUGACGCGGGGUCAAUGGGAUAACCCCUUUAAGCAAAUUGAGUGAGCACUCGCAAACAGCUAAGAGCACUUCGCCUGGAGCAUGCGCAAUAAGCAUCUUAUGCAACUUAGGUUUGCACACAGCCAUAAUUCGCAAAUAGGGAAGACUUCUUCUCUUAUCCCAUACCUGUGUUAAAAGCGGCUUUCUGAUUGGUUUAAAGCAGGUGAGCUUGUCGUCGAGCUCACCUUCUUUUUGCCGAACUCACCUGCUUUUCGCCCGAACUCACCUGCUAAACUGCUUACGUUGCAAUAACAAUAACAAAUAUGGCGGACAAGAUUUAGCCGAUAAACCUAAACUUUAAUUAAAGAACUUUUUCGGUGACUAACAUACUGAGACUGAAGAAAAACCAAAGAAAAAAUGCAGUAAAGGUAAUGUAGACGUAGAUAAAGAAGUAUUUUCUUGCCCAGUGAUUUUUUUGGCCGGGAAAAUGUUUACAAAACAUCGACGAAUAUAUCGCGAAAAGCUACAAAUGUGUGUAUGGCUCGGUGUAUGGGAUUAAAACCAAACGUACUUGCAGGUUCGGUGAGUUCGGGAUUGGACGCACCUCGGGUAGCUGGAAGUUUCCCGAACUCACCUCGCUUCGCUCGGUAAGUUCGGGAAACUUCCAGCCACCCUCGGUGCGUCCAAUCCCGGACUCACCUCACUGCAAGUACGUUUGUUAUAAUGCGCUUCGACAUCUUGAUAAUGACCCAAUUCAUUUACGUGCCAUGUCCUAAAUACGUUUUACGUAAGCAAAUUGCUGUUCCCCUGGUAAAAUGUUGGUUCUGAGACGUAUACUUUCGGGAGUUAGCUGAUGAUAACCAUAGGGUUUACUCGUUGCGUCACGAAACGCCUCCAAAAGAUAGUCGGUGUGCUUAGGAAACAUCUGUUUGGCCAGGGUUGUAAAACCUAGCGAAUCGCGUGGAUUUCGGAAUAUUAGCAUGUAAUGGGAAUUCAGACUGAUGGUACGGGAUAAUUUACCAGGUGGAAAUAAAUUCUGUGUCAAGUACAACACGGAUAUUCCUCGAUGAUGCGAACCGCGAGUAAACAAAUCUGCAACACGUGGAUCGUUGGAACACUGAGACAUCAAAUCGUCCAACACGAUUAGAGAAUUGUCAUGUUCCUUCGUUAUUUCGUUCAUAUCGUUCGGAAACCCUUCUAUCAAUUCAACAUUCGGAAGGAAUUCAUCAAAUUCCUUUUGAUACUCUCCGUAACAGUAAAUAAUUUUGGUUGGAAGAGGAUGAAACAUUUCUUCUAGAUGAUUUAGCAUACGACGAACCAUAUAUGACUUGCCAGAUUGCGUCUGCCCUGAAACGUAAAAAUAUGCUGGCAUUUUAAAUCUUACGUCCAUCGUGUUCACGUGCACAACAUGUACUGUGUUAUUAUUUGACGUGUUCGUUCGUUUUAUAACCCGAUCCGAGAAAUCAUUCUAUGAAAAAAAUUCCCUUCUUCAACUCGAUAUGCACUAAAGUCAAGGCUUCUCAGAGGGGCCGCAACCAAACGAACGGCCCUCCGCGUAGUAUCUUCAGAGGCAUGCAUGAAAUAAACUAAUGUCAGAUAGUCCAUAGCACGGCCAAAAUUAGUCACGUUGAUCGUGUUAAAAACAACAUGCAUUUCAUUAGGAUUAACAUUCACUACCAUUUGAUUGUACAACGCCUCGUGGCGCUCAAGCAAAUCAUUAAUAGUAUGAGAUAAUGUUCUCAUGUCAAUAUCAUCGCCCCGUGUUUGCAAUUCGUCUAGUAUUACUUCCAUCGCAACAAAACAACAAAUGAAUACAACAAGUGAAACCAUUUAUUUAUAUGCAACAAAUUCAACAAACAAUUUUUUAUCUACAGUAGUCAACAGAUACUAUAUCUCAUCUAAACGAUCCUACGUUAAGCUAUGACUAG